AGGAAGGAACUCUAAGCCACACCCACAGUGACAGAACUUUGCUGUUGGCUUCUGUUUCAUGAAGCCAGCAGUGAGAGGGUUAAAUGUGUAGGAUAGUCACUUGUUAAAGCCAAUACGAAGACUGGCGGUUUAUCUUCAUUCUCAGAGAACAGGCAGAGGAACAUCUUUCUCAGAGCAGACACACUAAGUGACAGAGACAAGAAGCACAAAGAACAUUUCUACCCACCAAGAGAUGGAUCCAAAUGCAUUAAACAAGAUGAAGAGAAAGGUGAAUCCUCUGAACAAGCAGCAGUCUACGCCUAAUCUAGACAUGCCUCGGCAGUUCCCGAAGAUCUCCUUCAGUGAGGUGGAUGAGAAGGUGAAACGGCUAGCUGAGAAGGUGUAUGCAUCAGCAAUAAAAGAGGAGAACACCAAAGAUGUCAUGUCUAUGUUUACCGUGCCUGAGGAUUGCCCCAUUGGCCUCCAUCAGGCUAAGGAGAGAGAGCUGCUCAAAGAGCUGGCUGAGGAACAUUCUGCAGAGAGUGUCAAAAGGAAGCAGAGUUUUAAGCUCAUCCGUUCCCAGUCUAUAUCUCUUCAGAUCCCAUGUGCGUCUGAGUGGGCCAUGUCUGUGAUUGGUCCUCUCCUCACCCCGGCUACAUCUGACGCUCCUGCUGUAAGCAAUGUCCCAGAGUUCCAGAGAGUUACUAUCAGUGGUGACUACUGUGCAGGGAUCACAGUUGAUGACUAUGAGCAGGCGUCAAAAAGCCUGUUGAAAGCAUUACUCAUCAGAGAAAAAUAUGCCCGUCUGGCAUAUCACCACUUUCCCAGAACCACUGCCAAGUUUCUAAGGAGUGCCAAUAAUGAUACAUGGAGUGAAGAUGAAGAAGUUCUACCAGAUAGCACUCCCUGCCCAAGUGAGGGUGAGGACCCAUACAGUAUGGAGGACAUCCCUCAGAACCUCGACUACAUCCUGAAGAUGAAGGAUGGCAUCAUACAUGUGUAUGAUGAUGCAGACGCUUUGAGUAAAGACAUGCCACACACUUUACCAUACCCUGAUAUGGAGACUUUCAGUAUUGACAUGACUCAUGUCCUUGCCAUGAUUGCUGAUGGACCAACGAAAACCUAUUGUCACAGAAGGCUUAACUUUCUUAUGUCCAAGUUCUACUUGCAUGAGAUGUUGAAUGAGAUGGCAGAGCUGAAGGAACUAAAGAGUGUUCCACAUAGGGACUUCUACAAUGUCAGGAAGGUGGACACCCACAUCCAUGCAGCAGCCUGCAUGAACCAAAAGCACCUCCUCCGGUUCAUCCAGGACACGUGUAACAAAGAAGCAGAACGGGUGGUGAUGGAAAAGAGUGGGAAAAAGAUCACCCUGAAGCAGGUGUUUGAAACCCUCCACAUGGACCCUUAUGAUCUCACGGUGGAUUCACUGGAUGUACAUGCUGGCAGGCAAACUUUCCACCGUUUUGACAAGUUUAACUCCAAGUACAACCCAGUAGGUGCAAGUGAGCUUCGUGAGAUUUACCUAAAAUCUGACAACUACAUUAAUGGAGAAUAUUUUGCACGGCUUAUCAAGGAGGUGGCACAUGAUCUGGAGGAAAGUAAGUACCAGUAUGCAGAGCCCCGCCUUUCCAUCUAUGGCCGCUCUGUCAACGAAUGGGAAAGCCUAGCAAAAUGGUUCAUCCAGCAAAAGAUGUACUCCCCCAACCUAAGAUAUAUGAUCCAAGUUCCAAGGAUAUAUGACAUUUUCAGAUCCAAGAAGAUAAUUCCAAACUUUGCCAUGAUGCUUGAGAACAUCUUUCUUCCUCUGUUUGAGGCUACUGUUAACCCUCAGAAGCACAAGGAAAUUCAUAUUUUACUGAAAUAUGUGACGGGCUUUGACAGUGUGGAUGAUGAGUCCAAACAUAGUGAUCACAUGUUCUCCUAUAAGAGCCCUAAACCAGAGGAAUGGACCAUGGAAGAAAACCCUCCUUACAGUUACUACCUCUUCCACAUGUAUUCCAACAUUAUGGUGCUGAACAACCUGAGAAAGGAACGUGGCCUCUGUACCUUUCAGUUCCGUCCACACUGUGGAGAAGCAGGCUCCAUCACUCAUCUGGUGUCAGCCUUCCUCACUGCAGAUAACAUCUCUCACGGUCUCAACCUGAAGAAGAGUCCUGUGCUACAGUACCUUUAUUAUCUGGCUCAGAUACCCAUUGCUAUGUCUCCUCUGAGCAACAAUAGCUUGUUCCUGGAGUACUCCAAGAACCCACUACGAGAAUUCCUCCAUAAGGGCCUAUGUGUCUCACUGUCCACUGAUGACCCCAUGCAGUUCCACUACACCAAAGAGGCUCUAAUGGAGGAGUAUGCUAUUGCAGGACAGCUGUGGAAGCUCAGUACAUGUGAUCUCUGCGAGAUUGCUAGAAACAGUGUCCUACAAAGUGGCAUCUCACAUCAGGAAAAGAAACAUUUCUUAGGUGAGAACUACCUCGAGGAUGGACCAGAAGGGAACGACAUUCGCCGUACCAACGUGGCCCAGAUCCGGUUGGCCUACAGGCACGAGACCAUGUGCAAUGAGCUCAGCUUCCUGGUGGACGCAUUUAAAACUGAGCCCAUAACUGGAAAGACCGUGUGAAUGUAUUGGAAGCCAAACUAUAGGAAGCAUGAGUUUGUUAAGAGCUCAUUAAAAAUGCAGCAAUAAAAUGAGAUUCCUGCAUAUAGGAGUUUUUAUUUAGUUUGUGAUUGCAUUGAGCCUUACACUCAUGGCCCAAGUGCCUUAAGCAAGAUUGAAUUCUCCUGAAUCUGUUCAGGAAUGGGAUAUUUAUAGUAAAGAAAGAUGAGUAAACGAGAUGACUAAAGGGGUCGGUUUUAGUUUAAUGAUAUUCUUAUGAGCUUCUUAAGUGAGAAUGCAGGGUUUUUCCUCUCACAUUUAAUGAUAAACACUGCUCUAUGGCGUGCACAGGCUCAGUGCUCACCUCAAAUCAACUUGAGUCACUAAGUACCUUGAUGAACUUGUUAGACUACAUUUGGGUGGCUACAAUUUCUAGUGUUAAAAGUGGGACAAGACUUUCUUUUAUUCUGAGCUGUGCUGUUUUUUUCCCACCACAUGAGAAGCACAGCAAUUGCACAGUGUUGUGAAUGUAGCAGUGUGACAGGACCAGGGCACAUAUCUGUUUUUUCUUUUGCUUGCGUGUGUGUGUGUGCGUGCGUGUGUGUGUGCGCGUGUGUGUGUGUUUUUCUUUUCUUCCACUGGUACC